AUGGCCACAGCACCAGCUCCCGGCCCAGCGCGCAUCUCCAAGAUCGCCGGGCGAUAUCUCGUUUUUGACGCGGACACUGCCGCAUUUCUUCGCCGCAAUGAAAGCGUCAACGGCACCCUCACAGGGACUGCUCCCCAGCAGCCCACACAAAACAUCUUCCUCGGUCUGCCCGUGGAGCUACGCCCAGAGGAGGCUGAGGCGCUCGUGAGGCGGAAGGUGGCCUAUCUCGUAGACGAUGUAGCCGCUCAUCAAUCUGUGCUGCGGAAUCCCGACCCCGACGCGAGGAAGGCCUACCUGGACUCGCUGAAGACGCGGAAGCAGACGGCCCAAAGGGUCUUUGCUGAGCAGAAGGCCAAAAAGGCUGCUGAACUUGCAGAGCGUCAUGGCGUCUCUGCCUCUCGGUCAAAGAAACCGCCUCCCACCAAUGCAGAUGACGAUGCCCUUUUUUCCAGUAAUCCGUCAGAGUUUUCCAGCCGUCAGCAAGACAGUGCAGCCAAAUCUUUCGGCGUCACGCCCACUUCCAGCGGGUCUCUCAUUUCCCGGGAGACGGAACGCAUGUUCGGGGCCGACAAGCCUGAUGAAGGCCCUCUGUGCAGAUUCUUGUUGAGUUCUGGCUACCACAUGACGCCCGGCCUCCGCUUCGGGGCCAAAUACAGUGUCUACCCCGGAGAUCCUCUGAGGUUCCACGCUCACUAUAUGGCAUCGCAGUACGACUGGGACGAGGAGAUUCCCAUCCUGGACAUCGUAGCGGGAGGCAGGCUGGCAACGGCUGUCAAGAAGGCGUUUCUGAUAGGAGGCCAGGAGCCGGGGUCAGAAGCAUCACAGGACGGUCAGGUGCGGACGUUCAGUCUGGAAUGGGCUGCUAUGUAA